GACGUCACUGCUGUCUGCGCUUGGCUAGCCGCAAGCUAAAGUGCGUAUUUGCUUUCUUUAUGCAGGCAAGAAAUAUCCUUUUGUAACAUUGCGUUUAUUAGUAUAUCACUUUAUUAUGGAAAGCCCUCACGAAAUCCCUACUCUCACUAACAUAACAUAAUAGAAGGUAUUUAUUGAUUUAACUAAGGUUUAAUAAGUCUAAAGCUUUAGCCACAAUGCUAGCUAGUAUAAACAAGCCAUAGAUUCAUAGUCGCUUUGCUUUGUUUAUUGACUUGAAACAAAAUUGACACCGGGGUGGCAGCAUGGCAGAUUCCUCACCUUUAUCUGGUGUGAAUGUUGUACUGGUUAUGACUUAUGGGAGCUUGGUGUUCGUGUUGUUGUUCAUCUUCGUCAAAAGACAAAUUAUGCGUUUUGCUAUGAGAUCCCGUCGCGGACCCCACGCACCCAUAGGACACAAUGCACCAAAGGGCCUGAAAGAGGACAUAGACUCGGGAUUGUCCAAGGUUCAGGAGAUCUGUUUUGAACCCCGGCUUUUAGCUGAAGAAGAUGACAGAUUGAGACAUGAAUCACAACUUAGUUGCUACAACUACCUGUACAGAAUGAAAGCACUGGACGCUAUCCGGGACUCAGGGAUUCCUAUUCUAGAAAUAAGUCGGACCCCCAGUGCGUUCACUGGACGUCACUUCAGGAGCUGGCUGCUGGAGCUACGAAAUUCUCACUCUCUCAUCAAAAGUAGCCGCAGUGCACUCAUUGAUAAACUCCUUGAAGGAUAUGACAAUGCACGUCAUGGCACAGGGGUGUUUGGGGAAGAUGAGUUUCUUGAAUACCAGCAAGCUCUGAAUGAACUGGUUGAUGUUGUGAAGGCCUAUUCCAGCAGCACCAGCCUGGACCAGCACCACCAGUCAGCAGCCAAGGACCUGACUGGAUCGCCUGUCCGCUCCACACCCUCCACCAUACAAGUCACAUACCUGCCUUCCACCGGACAACGCAGCAAGAGACCCAAACACUUCCUGGAACUGAAAAGCUUCAAAGACAAUUAUAAUACACUGGAGAGUACCCUGUAGGACACGACAGCAAAAUCAAGUAGUCUGUAACAUUUGGUUUUAUUUCAAAGGCUGUAGUCACUGUCUCUUUCAAGAUAUUCGACUUCCCAACUAUGGUUUAGACAAAGAUGAUUGUAGCCUAUAUGGCAAAAGUGAUAAAUGGCAUCUACUGCGAGUAAUGCCAUGCUUAAUUAAAGGUGCACUGUGUAACUUUUCUAGUGUCACCUGCUUGUCUCCAUGGAGAUGUUAUUACUUUACCAAGAAUGUUCAACAGCAUGGUAUUAAAUGGUACAAUUUGUAAGUUGUAAGUUUAAUGCCAUACAGUGGAACAUUUCUGGCAAAUCAGUAAUAUCUCGAUGAAGACAAAUGAGAUUCUCCACCAGACGUCACAUAGACCACCUUAAUUAAUAUUGAAUGGUCCAAAUGUAAAACUGACAUGCAAAUUGUGUUUUUGUACAGAAUUAUAUUUAUAUGAAUUGUUGUAACUUAAGUAAUUUGUGUGUGAUCUUAAUUUAUUUAUUGUGUGUUUUUGACAUAAAAGAUCAACUACCAUCUACAGUUUCUCUUCUUUUCCUCCACUAGAUGGCACUGC